ACUAGGUGGCCGCUCUGUGCCAAGCUCGUCGGCCCGCUAUAAGAGCGAGGUCAGCGAGGACUGCCACAGUGGCAUCCGAGAGGCCCCAUAGCGCCCUCAUUUCCGCCCACCAUCAUCGCGCUCGAAGCUGGCCUUCCUUUUGUCGCCACCCGAUCUCCCCAUUCUCUCAAGACACCUUCGUUAAAUAUCCAAAGCUGGUCUUGGGUAUCCCCUUCUACUCGAGACUCUCAUAUCCCCCCCGCCCUAGCCGUGCCGGCACUGGCUGCCUCGCACCUCAUACUACACAUUUUCUCUCGUCGCGCACCGUGUGUGCGCGCGCCUGUGACACAUAGUCUAUAAAGAUGAAAGUCGUUGGCACUUCUUUGCUCUUCACGCUGUGGCUACACUUGAUUUAUGCUGCCCCUGUCCCUCUUCUCCAGCAAAGCAUCGACGCGGUCGACCCCUUGCUGCAACGUCGUUCGUCCCCCAUCGAGGACGACGAUGCAGACCAUGCAUCCUCCAACGUAGCUCGCGAUGCAGCUCCUAGCUACUCCUCCCCCUCCUCCUCAUCCGCUCUGGUGCCUCGCGACGAUGGAGUCCUCUUGGAGAAGCGCCUAGGCGGUCUUGUGAGAGCAGCAUCAUUUGGAAGAAAGGCUGCCACGCCUACUGGCGUCGGUACCACUCAAUUUAGCGACGAUGUGGCCAGACAGUCUCUCAGCCGAUUCGGCAACAGCGGCAAGGGUCUAAAACGAGCUGCCGCUGCAGCGCUCUUCACCGCUGCAGCUGCCGGCACUUACAUUGGUCUGACGAAUCGCGACAAGAAGAAAAAGCAAAAGAAGUUGCAGAAGCAAAAUCCACAAUUCCAGCAGCAAGCCAAAUCGCUAUACGGGUCGGAGGGUGGCAAGAAGAAAAAGUCUUCAAGUAUGUUUGGCUUCCGCCGUCGAAGCCUGUCCAGCGGCGAUUCUCCUCACUCUGACUCGGAUGAGCAGCUCGAGAAGCGCCUAAAUGCGCCGAUCAUGCGCGGAGCUAUGACCAAGCUUAGCACUGCUGGCAGCAAAGUCGGUGGCGCGGGCACCAAAGUCUUCAACAAGACGAAGACCAAGAUGGCAUGGAAGAGGACCGCAGUUGCAACGACUUUGGCAGGUGGUGCCAUCGGCGGCGGUACUUAUGCUGCGUACCACUACGCCAUAGAAGCCGACAAGAAGCAGCAUGCAAGACAGAAGGCUGCUUACGAUGAGCAGAAGGCGGAGUACGAUGAGCUCGCGAAAGCUGCCAGACAAACCAAACGCGAUCUUCCCGAGGAGCACGUUGACUUGAUCCACCGUCGUUCAAUUGGACAAGAUAUCUCCGACGAUGGCCACAGCGCCGCACAUCUCGAGAAGCGUCUCGGCGGCAUCACGAGGGCCAUCUCUCGUUGGGGGACCAAGAGCAAAUCUGCGUACCCCGAGCUGAAAGAGACGAGUCUGAGGGCCUCUCCUUCGGCUGGCAAGUGGCGCGCUGAAGGUUGGAAGGCCAAGGCUACUGGUGGCGUGCUCGGCGUGGGUAUACUUGGCGGCAUAGGAUAUGGCACCUACAGACUGGAAGAGGCCCAGAGGAAGGCUUGGAAGAAGGACGUGAAAGAUCUGCAAAAGCUGCAUCCCGCUGGUCGUCGUCGGACCCUUCCCGAUGAGUCGGUCGCCUUGAUCGAUGAUAGGUCUAUGCAUCAGGACAUUCCUGGCCCGGUCAAUGUCGCCAAUGAGCCCAGCGCUCGCCUCGAGAGACGUAUCGGCGGCGUCACCAAGACCAUGAUGUAUUUGGAGAAAAACCGCAGUGCCUCCGACAUAUCAAGACAGGCGAGCCUCGGCACAACUUCAAGCUUUGGCAAACCUUCAAGUCUUAGCACAACUUCGAGCCUCAGCAAGUCUUCGAGUCUCGGCAAAAGCUCUGCCGCUGAGAAAAGCCGUACUGGGUGGAAGACCAAGGCUGCCGCCGUCACCCUUGGCCUUGGUCUGCACGGCGCCGCUGGCUACGGUAUCUACAAACUUGUUGAUGCUGCUACGUCCACUGGCUCGGCGGAACCGAAGAAGCAUCAGCGUCGCGAUGUGUUCCAAGAGUCGCUCGGCUUCACCACUCGCUCCAUCACGGAAGCUGUUCCUGUUGACGUUGCGUCUGAUCUCACUCUCGAAAAGCGUAGACUGCCAUCGCUAUUCAAGUUCGGCAAGUCCACCAGCAUCGGAGGGAGUAGUUUGGCCGCAGCCGAUACCAGGAACGUUGCAACUUCGUCUAAAUGGCGCGAUAGAGCUCGUUACGGUCUGGCGAUCGGCGGGGGCGUAUUGACAGGUGUUGGGCUCUGGCGCCUCAACAAAGCGGUGAUCGAGUCGAAGGAGAAGAAGAAGAGCAAAGACAAGAAAAAGUUGAAGCUGCGCAGCCUGCCACCGGUCGCCGGGGCUGAAGAGCUGGGCGCUCGCGAAAUCCAACAAGCCAUCGAUGCAGACAAGGUCCAAAAGUGAGCUGGUUCUUACUAUGGUCCUUCGAACGCCAACUUCCAGCCACCUUCUCCUGUAAUUGCCUUUUCCCCCCUACAAUAUAUUAACCUUCAACCCCUCUUCUCUCUUUGAUGACCAUGUUCCUAGCACUCACCUUGUGAAACGCUGGAACGAGGUCGAUGCAGGACGCAACUCGGCGCAGACAACUUUCAACGAGGCACAAGACUGGAAACGGGGUACGCAUACCGGGAACGAGGGCGUCGCUAGUAAUGUGUGCGUUGCGAGCUGGCUCCCGUGCGCGCUGAUGGUCUUCGCGCAACAC